AAGUAACACAAGUCAUCUCGUUCCCAAAUUGUUUUCCCCCCUACUUCGUCGCUCCUCUCCCUCGCUUACUAUCAUUUCUCCCUGCCAUAUAAAUCGAAAAGCCUUCGUUGAAGCCGUACCUUGUUGCAUUAUCUGUAAAAGACAGCUCCCUCGGCUGCUUUGCAGCUGUUCUAAUAUUUUGAGGUUCCUACCGUAAUCCUCUGCUACGAGCACUUGUAUGAGUACUACGAGUCUGCGGCUCAUGCAGGUCCAGCCCCACCAUUGUGUAACCUUACACUUCAUCCUAGAUUACCCUUCCGACUCAGUUUUGGGGUUCAUCACCACGAGUCGCCCCUACCACAACAACAAGAAUCCACUAGAAAGGGGAGGAUGGAGUCCACGCUACUAUCAUAACUUCGCGUUGUUCUUGUCACAGAUGAUUGCAUGCGGUUCUACGGGUUGGUUUGCACAAACCGAGGAGGACCCGACCACUUGCUCAACCUCCUCUCUGGAUACCAGCUGGGGGCCCCCUUUACUUUCGCAGGCCUUGAAAUUUUGAAGGGUAAUGGUGAGAGUCCCCCGGAGGAUGGUACUAACACUACCUUUGCUGUACCCCGCCACCAUUCAGAAUUCGCUGACACGAUUAGCCGAGCGCUGCUGCGAGAGAAGGGAGCUCGACAAACCCUGUAUAUGGUCGCAGAAACCCCAGGACAUCUCACACUAUGGGAAGCGAAUUCCGUAUCGAGCUCGAAUCAGGCGGGAAAAGAUAGCCGAGGAGGCGGGAUCUUCACCGGCUCCCCGAAAAUGUAACGAGAAAUCCAUCCUGCCCCACCGGGCAGAAGACUAUUUUAAUGACCCAGCUAGUUCACCAAGCAUAUGCGGAGUUCGUGGUCAAAUGUGCAUUUCCUAGUCCAGGCAAGCGGUAGUAUACCCCAUUUUUCACGGAUUACAACUUGAUGCUAGCGGGUGUUUACACCCACACCCAUCACGAGAUGACGUUAAAACAGACUCAUUUAGGAUGAGUGCUGUUGGGAGUGCUGGGAUAGAGGCGGCCCAUAGCUGUGCGCAGAAAUAUGCCCUUCUCAUCUAGAGAGCGACCCCUUAGCCAGCCCACAUCGGACGGUCCCGGAAUUGGAAUAUGGAGCUUAAACGACUGAUUUACAGAGUGGGCACACCAGACUUCUCACAUGGUUUGCAGUGUAUUGAGCAAACGGUGGCCGGUAUGAUCCAUUCCCCUGCAGCUUUGUACCUUUAAUGAUCACAACUUGGCUUGGGAAGGGCGAUAAAGUUAAGGGCUCACUGGAGUAAUGCAGAGAUAUUAAAAUCCGAUGCAAACCGUAUGUCACCGUAUCGAGCACGGUAGCCCUCCGGAGGGGCGAUUUUAUGGCCGGGGCGCCGCUAUAGGGGUACUGCUGCAGACUUAUUCUGGGAGAAGUACACAAUCUUGCGCGUAGACAGAUUUAUCGGCACUGGGUUGGAGGAUUGCAAAGCUAUUGGAGGGGGGGAAAUAUUUAUUGACGUAAUUUCUCCCCAGGAGAGUAGGAAAGAAUACCGAACAAGCCAAUACAAAUUCCCUGGAUGCUCCUUAAAGUUCCCGAAUUCUCCCGCGCGCCACUGAAACCUUGAGUUCUGGCGUCCAUCUCUCACUUCCGGCGCCGACCGCAUAUCACCUUUAGUCCCCUAUUACCAUUCCUUUAUAGUCUGUCACUCCCCACUAAGCGAUCGCCGGCAACUUGCGGUUUAAAAAUAAAAGCCAACUCAUUUACCUUGGCAAUGCCUACCGGGAGGGUGGCCGGCUGAGUCUUGCCUUAUCCGCAAACCAAAAAAAAAGAAAACAUUGAAGGGACCCCUUAGUAUGGCUUGGGUAGGGAAUAACUGAGAAUGCGAGAGGGACGGUGGUAGCGACGAGGGGGUGAAUUUCAUUGCAGAUACUGGAUGGGUAUCAAGGCUAACUCGGUAUUAACUCCUGCUGUAGGGAAGCAAAGCCAGUUACAACAACACGGGUGGAUAACUGAAUAAGGUUUAGCGAGCUGUAGGAAGCGGGGAUAAGUAGAUUACUGGAUCGAUAGAUCGUAGGUUAGAGGUUAUUAAAAAUUGCCGGUAUGUGGGGUGCUGUUCCCCGG